AUGAACGAACCACCAUGGAGACACUAUGCUAGAGGAAUGCUACCAUUGUCACCAAUAGCUAAGAAAAGUCGAGAAAGUAACUGCUGGCCGAACAAAGGCGAUCUUUCCGAGUUGAAAAGAGACGGCGAUGGAGAAAAGUACAAAAAAGAGAAAAGGAAAAGAGGUAUUGUUGUUAACGUUAACCCUCAUAUUAACAUCAUGCAACAAGAAAAUAGUCCUCAAACCCAAAACAGCAGGAAUGCAAUGCUCAGAAGACUAGCAGAUUGUUUCGCGUACAGACAGAUGACUUCAAAGUCUAGGGCCAAGCGACAUAGGGUUCUGGGGUUUCAUCCACGCUUGUGUACGAUACAUGAAAAUGCAUCUGAACUGGCCAAUGAUUUGGAUGCUACCUUCAAUAGUUUAAACGCAGACGGAGAUUUAAGGGAAUUCAAUACAAAGACCCCUACCCCAACUACAAAGGCCGAUAACACUUUAUCUACUUUGGAACAAUGUGCAAGCUUUACUUCCUGUUGCCAAACAAACGAUCAGACAAUUGCAGCGUUACAUGAAGACAUCAAAGAACUUUGGAUGCGGCUUGAAACUGUCGAAAAGGAUUUUGCGUGGGCGAGGGGAAGCCUCUUAACAAUCAGCAACAAAGAUGAGACUAAUAAAACAUAG